UGCAAAAACCUUUGACUAUAAAAAAGAGUCGCAAAGAGAGAAGACCUCGUCGGAGCUUCGAAGAGGCACAGUGAGAGAGACAACAGAGAGAAAAAGAGAAGUGAGAACGAAGACGAAGAGCAAGGAUGGGGGUCGUGGAAGAGGCGCAUAACGUGCGGGUGGUGGGCAGCGGUGAGCGCACCAUCGUGCUCGCACACGGCUUCGGCACCGACCAAUCGGUGUGGAAGCACCUCGUGCCGCACCUCGUCAAUGAGUACCGCGUCGUCCUCUUCGAUAACAUGGGCGCCGGCCCGACCAACCCCGACUACUUCGACUUCGAGCGCUACGCAAGUCUCCAGGGCUACGUACUCGAUUUGCUCGCCAUUUUUGAGGAGCUUGUCAUCACCUCUCCCGUCAUCUACGUUGGCCACUCCGUCUCCGGCGCCAUAGGUCUUAUCGCCUCAAUUCAUCGCCCUGACCUCUUCUCUAAGAUCGUCCUCAUCUCCGCCUCGCCAAGGUACAUCAAUGAUGUCGAUUACUACGGAGGGUUUGACCAAGAAGAACUGGACCAGCUUUUCGAUGCCAUGAAGCAGAACUACAAGUCCUGGGCAUCCGGGUGGGCACCACUCUGCGUCGGAGGAGACAUGGAAUCGGUGGCAGUCCAGGAAUUUAGCCGCACACUCUUCAACAUCCGUCCCGACAUAGCUCUGAGUGUGGCUCAAACCAUAUUUCAGUCUGACUUGAGAGGCAUUUUGGGUCUCGUCUCGGUACCAUGCCACAUCCUUCAGAGCACCAAGGACCUCGCAGUCCCCAUUGUGAUCUCCGAAUACUUACACAAGCAUCUCGGAGGUGAUUCUAUUGUUGAGGUCAUGCCUUCCGACGGCCAUCUCCCGCAGCUGAGCUCUCCCGAGAUCGUUAUUUCUGUUAUCCUUAGGCACAUUCGUUUCGAUAUUGAAACUUGAGACGAUGAAGCCUAGUGCUUGAAGCUGGAAUUUCGAUGUUUUGAUUCCUUGUUGUGCUUAUAAUUAUUCAUCUGUGCACUACUGAUUUUCGAGACUUUUACGUAGAUUUCGUUCUGUUUAAGCAACCGAAGAAUAUAAAUGUAUAAUUUGUAUCCUAUUAGUUCUUGAUUUUAUCUUCUGUGCUGCAGGAUGUUUUCUGUAUGUAUUGAGUAUUGUUGUAGCUGGUGCUAUGUUAACUCUUCUUAUUGA